CAUUCUGUCCAGGGGCGGACUGACCAUUUGGAAACUUGGGCACUGCUUGAGGGCCCGGGGUCAGUAGGGGGCACCAUGAGAUGCCCCUGGUACCUUUUUCAUAGGCUUUUUUGAGUUUGGGCAAGGACACAGGGGCCCCAUGAUCCCCUAUUGCCCGGGGGCCCCAUGAGUUGUCAGUCCGCCCCUGAUUCUAAAUCGAUCUAUUGAUUGACUUCUCAUGAACCAGCUUAUUGGUAAGUUUUCACUCAAU